GAUCUCAGCUCGUGAGUGUCGCCACAAGCCGCGCUCGAUUUUUGACAGCUCCAUUUUUGUGAUUUUUGCGAUUUUUGUUAGCAGAAGCAGUGAAGCGUCAUUUAAUUCAAAACGUUUUCUUGAAAGGUGUAUUAAAAUGUCUAUCGGUGUUCCAAUCAAGGUCCUGCACGAAGCGGAAGGACACAUUGUAACGUGUGAAACUAUUACCGGCGAAGUGUACCGGGGAAAACUUAUUGAAGCGGAGGACAACAUGAACUGCCAGAUGACGCAGCUAACCGUAACCUAUCGUGACGGAAGGACCUCGAAUCUGGAAAAUGUCUACAUUCGUGGAUCGAAAAUUCGCUUCAUGAUACUGCCGGAUAUGCUGAAGAAUGCCCCCAUGUUCAAAAAACAAGGAGCCAAAACUGGUACAGCCGGCAGGGGUAAAUCGGCGAUUCUGCGAGCGCAAGCUGCAAGAGGUCGAGGUCGAGGAGGCGGCGGUGGUGGAGGUGGUGGUGGUUCCGGUAAUCGUCAACAAGGCAAGGGUAACUGGCAAGGUCAAGGACCUUCCGGUGGCAGAGGACGUGGGGGAUUAUAAUUUUAAGUUAACAUAAAUAGUGUAUAAGGAAUUCAGAAUUUGUCAAUCGCAAAAAGAUUUGUGAAAUAUACCUUCAUGAGAAUCAUCUUACAAAA